CCGAUACAUUCGUAAAACGUUACGUUCUAAGUGUUGCAUUUAACUUUUUUCAUGUGGCAACGUCAUAUCAGUCAGUCAACAUGGCGGCCCAAGAUGAAGUUGACGUAUGUGAAAGUUGGGAGGAUAUGGACGAAAUUGGCUUGGACCAGAAGAUCAGGCUGAUGUCAACUGACUGCGCGCCAGUGCAAACUUCACUCAAAGGUUGCAAGGUUACUGUUGAAGAGAACGCGUGUAUCGGAUCUCAGUGCGUGAUGCCGGAGCCAGCAAUCCGUAUCCUGAAGAGGCCGUCUUCAUCGGGCAGUGGGCAGCUAAAUGGCGAGAGUCGCGCGCGCCCGGUAAAAACACUUGAACAAAGGCAAAAGGAGUACGCCGAGGCUCGGCUGCGGAUCUUGGGUGAAGCCCGUAGCCCUGAGGACGUUAUUGAUGACAACCUCAGCCGACUACAAGACAAGUUGCAAGUCAUCAAUAUCAACGACAAUCAAAAUAGUAGUAGUAAGACAAAAACUCCACCAUGUGACAAUAAUACCAAAGGAAGGGAACGGAAAGUCCUACCGCGCCUUCCACCAGGAGCUACGGCUUCAGGAGUGUUCCCAUCCCCCCCACCGCGCGGUGUGCUCGUCAUCCGAACCCCCAGAGGUCCUGACGGCACAAAAGGCUUCCAGAAAAGGUAGCACCACCGACACACUCAAUCAAUUCAUUCACAAAAACGUAAUUCACUUCCAUCCAUUCAAACUACCACAUUGUUAAAUUACCAGUUGUGCUGUUAUUUUGAUAUUAGUGUAAUAAUUAUUUCACAGUUUUUAAUUGAUUUAUAGCGGUGUGUUUACAUGUCUCGUCUGCACUAUUUAUAGUUGGGAACGUGAUACAUUCUGCCAGUUGUAGAUGCAUGAUUCAUAUCCAAACAUUACAGUGUAAAUUGUUACACUUGUUUCCCAAUUGAGGCAGACUGAUUUAGCAUGCGUUGUACUUAGCAACAUUAUCAUUUGCGGGUCUACGCUCUAUAUACAUUCAAUUAUGUUUUGGUGAAGGCAUUAUAUACUGAUUAGUGUAAGCACUUUGCAUAUUGCUUAACUGUGAGCGGUUGUGCCAAGCACUUGCUGACUGAUUUCUGCGUGUUAAGUAAUCAGUUAUGUUAAUAUAAGAGUAAAUAGCCUUCAAGUUUCACCUUCAGUCAAUUGUAAUAUCAAUCAUAAGACACCAACUCCAUGUACUACCAUAUUAAACUAAGGGAUGAAUUAAAAAUUGUGAAAUGAUGUAAAAUUAAUGAGUGCUCACUUCAGGGAACAAUGUUAUUGUUAUAAUAUUAAUAUUAUAUAGAACAUUGUAAUAGAUUCAUAGAGACUUACUAAAUGAACACCCUGACUAAAUUACGUGUGCAUUUACAUAUAUUUUUACAUAUAUGAGCAUAAUUUAUAGUUACAUUUCAAAUUAACUACAAAAUUGUAUGAAUUUAGGCAAAUGAUGACUAAUUAACUAUUACCAUUGUGUGAAUACGAUUUAUAUAUUACUAAAAAUUCAAAGUUUUAGUGUUAAACUUUUUAUAUACAGUUUUUCUACAUGUAUAGCGUAUUUUUAGGGUUAAGAUAUUGCUAAUUGUAUAUUUAUAGUAUAUUAUUUUACUAUGUUAAGUUUUUCAAUGCUUACAUGACGCUUGUGUGCAUUCUGUAAUGCUGAAGCAGGCUUCAAUCUUAUCUACCCUUGCCUGUAGACAAAAAAAGCUCUUGAACUCUUAGUCAUAGUGACUAUUAUCGAGAGACUUUAUAGAAUAGUGUAGAAUGCAGACAAACGUUGUGAAUAUGCAUUUAAAGUGUGACUGAUAUUGUGUGUAUGUGAUUAGACCAGAUAUUAUUUUGAUUAUAAUUAUUUUAAGCGAUAUUAUUUAUGAUAAAUAUUGGCGCUUAUUUUCUUGUACACUGUCUUGUGUCACUCUCUAACUCAUUGAGUAAGAUGUUAGUAAGGUUUUAAUUCUGUUCAAUUAGUAUUGUUACUCUUCGUGUUUCUAGUCGAAACUUUUUCUAAUCAAGUACUAACUUUUAACAACUAAUUUGUGGCUAAUUUGACAGGAUUGAAGUCAUUACUCUUUCUAGAUUUUUGCUUUUGUUACAAAUUGAAACUAUCGCUUUGUCUGGUACAAAUGUGACUUCAGAGGCCUUAGUAUGAGUUUGUACACGUUUAACGAGAUCGAAAUGUUAUCCUGCUCUUUGAAUGGUUGGUUCAUUGUAGCUGACCUAUCAGGGCGCUGAACGCGACAACGUUUUGACGUCGUUAAAUGUAAAACAAACUCGUAGUAAGCCCUCAGAAUGAGCUCAUAGUUUCAAUUACCUAGUUUAGGUAAUAUUAGUACAUUUUAGGCUUAUUUUGUACCUAAAUUGAGGAUUGUAACAAAACUAUGAUGGACUAACUUAAGUUCUCUAUUUAUUAAGAUAGAUAGGACCUGUUUCACAAUGUCUGGAUAGCCACCAGAAAAUUUGAUUUAAGAACGUUAUUUGUAUAACUAAAGUCACAUAAGGUUUUUGGAUACUAAUAUGAAGGUGGUGAAACAGAUGUCUCGUGGUAGCCCGAAGGUUUAAGACGAAGCUUCUCAUGUAUGAGAGCGCGUUCGAAACCUAACCACGGCAAGUACCAAUAUGACUUUCCGAGUUAUAUGUACUUUCUAAGAUUAUGCAUUGAACAAGCGUCAUGAUUAAUGCUCAAACCUUUCGUAUGGGAAGAGGCCUUUGGUUAGCAGUGGCCACUUGUAGGCUGACUGUUGACGAUGUGUGAUUGAAACAGGAACUAAGAGAGUGUGUAAAUGAAAUGUUAAGUUAGUGUACAAUACAAUAAGCCCCAUUGUCUCAAUAAGACUGUUAUGGCCUCACUGUAAAUAAAGUAUCUUAAAUACUUUCAGUGUUAGUUAAUUUUUAGCUAAUUGUAUGUACAGUUGAACUGAGAUUCAUUAAGGUUUGAACUUCAUAAUAAGUGGCACUGAACCACUUAUUAUGAUAUAAUUAUAUGGCUAUGUAUUAGGCCUACAAUUUUGAUUAAUUUUCUGUUAUAUAAAUAGGACUCUUGAUUAGUGCAUGUCAUAUGUAGUAUAUGCGUCUUUUGAAGCAAAAAAGUAAUUAAUGUAACUCCAUAUUAUUUAGAUUGCUAUAUCUAAUUUUAACGUGUUUUAUUAAUCGACAAACAAAGUAAUGUAAGCAUUACUAUUCAGGUUAAACAUAAUUAUUCGAAAUAUUUGUUUAUAGAAAAGAAACCAUGGUUUAUCCUAUGGCUGUUUGCUUGCAUCUACUAUGUAUAAUGAUUAAUUUGUACCCAAUUUAAGGCUUUAAUACGAGACUAAAUAAAUUUUAUCUUAUGACCAAUAGAUAGAUGGAGUAUAUAGUGUCUGAAUUCAACUGUACAUACAAAAAUGAAAUAAAUAUAAUCAAAAUAAUAUUGGUCGUGACAAACCAACGCUAGUGUAAGUCUACAUUGUAACAAGGAUUGUGAUAUAGAGUUAAUUGUCUAUUGCAAACCUUACUCAACUGUCAAGUUGACUGUACAGAUAACAGAAAUACACUCUUAUCAUUUUA